CAGCUGUCUGGGCAACACUGUCAUCUUGGGUCUCAUUCAUGUUCCUUUCUUCAGCGCAAGGAGGAAAACAAAUGUCCAGAAUCUGUGCCUCUGACAACAGCUUCCCACAAUGGCAGAGCUAUGCCCCACACACUAUGAGCUGACAACCUUGGAUGAGGAGAACUUAUGGGAAAUAAUGGAGAACCACCGACAUAAGAUUGUCCACAAUGUCUACCCCAAUCGACUGACUCCUUACCUGCGACAAGCCAAGGUGCUGGAUCAACUGGAUGAGGAAGAAGUUCUGCACAGCCCCAAGUUCACUAACAAUGCCAUGAGAGUAGGAUACUUGCUUGAUGUGCUGAAGACACGAGGAAAAACUGGUGCCAUCGCCUUUGUGGAAAGCUUAAAGUUUCAUAAUCCUGACAUUUACACCCUGGUCACUGGACUAGAACCUUCUGUUGACUCUGGCAGUUUCCGUGGCCUCAUUGAUACUUCCACAUUGACUGAGUGCCUAGCUAGUGCCAUCAAGAGCCUACAGCAGGAGCUGUCACAGGAAAAGCUAAGAAGCCAUGUGCUGCAGCAGCAAUGCCAAAAGCUCAAAGAACAACUACAUAAGCUGGAGGUCCAGAAUAAGAGUUUAGGGGACAUGGAAGCUGAGCAUAACCGCAUGAAGAGGGAAGUCAGUGCCCAUUUCCAUCAGGUGCUGAAGCUGAAGGAUGACAUGUACAACUUGUCCAUGCGUUACACCAGUGCUCUACAGGACAAGGACCUAGCCAUCACCCGCUGCCAGAGCCUGCAGGAGGAGUUGUAUCUAAUGAAGCAGGAGCUGCAUCGGGUCCAAAUGUCUUCCUCUUGUGAGCAUGAGUCUAGAGAAAGGUCUUUGAAAAGUAGGAAUGACCUGGAACCAGAAGAGGAUGAACUCAGUCAGCUCAAGGAGGACACUGAGAAGCUUAAUUCUCUGACCUUUAGCCAGGCAGAGAAGGACAUCUUGGAACAGAAUUUGGACGAGGCCCUGGAUAGCAAGCAGGAGCUGGUGGAUCGCAUCCAUUCCCUGAGGGAAAGAGCAGUCACUGCUGAGAAAGAGCGUAAGCAGUACUUGGAAGAAAAAGAGAAGACCUUCUUUCAGUUCCAAAAAAUCAAGGUGGAUUUUGAAAUCUACAAGGAGAAGACCAAUGCCCUGCAAUGCCAGGUGGUGGAACUGCAGAAAGAGCGAGACCAGGCAUACAAAGCCAGGGAUCUGGCCCAGAUGGACAUUGCUCACAGUUUGACAGAAAAAGACUCCCUCCGAAGAAAAGUGUUUGAGCUAACAGAUGAGGUCUGUGAACUACGGAAACAGCUCCAAAAGAUGCAGGCAGAACCAAUGAGUGAGAUUAAAGAGGAUGCUGGGGAACCCUCAAAGAAGGGGAAACAGAGACUCACAAGGAUGUAUGCUAUCAACCCUCAGGAGGACAGGGAUUUCAGCCUCCUAAGUUCCACAGAGCACUGGCCAGAUCUGAGUACUACCUCAAACCAGGAGCCAAUGGGAAGCUUCUGUUCUAGUAGCCCUGUGCCUCCUUGUAAACAAUCACUCUGCAAGCGAGUCACUGAAGACUUCCUGGAAGACUCCAUUUCUAUAAGCAGCUCCCAGGAGAUUCUUAAUAGAGACUCUGGUGUCUCUUCAGCAGAGAAGUUAGAUGACAUAGAACUGACCUAUGAAAUGGGAGGUAAAGGAGCAGGUCUCCCUGGAACAGAGAAUAUCCAAAAGGCAUUUUUUCCAAGUCCCUGCUCUCCAGAAAGCAAUGUCCUAAAGCGUCGCCGCCCUGCUAGGAAGAUCCUAAGUCAGGUAACAGGACUGGCGUUUCAAGGGGACUCCUUCUUGGAUCAAAUCAGCAUCAUUGGUGGAAACCACACAGGCAUCUUUAUUCACCGGGUCACCCCUGGCUCUGCAGCAGAUGAAAUGGCUUUGCGUUCUGGCACCCAGAUCAUAAUGGUGGAUUAUGAUUCAAAGGAAGUUACAUUCAAGGCUAUCCUGGAGGACACAACCCUUGAGCAGGCAAUAGGGCUUCUCAAGAGGGUGAAUGGCUUCUGCUCUCUAUCCGUGAAGGUCAACAUGGAGGGUUACAAGAGGUUGGUCCAGGACAUAGAAAACAAAGUGACCACCUCAGGAGAUUCAUUCUAUAUCCGGGUCAACUUGUCCAUGGAAGGAAAGGCAGAUGGGGAGCUACAAGUGCAGUGUAAUGACAUCUUACAUGUCACUGACACCAUGUACCAAGGCCAAAGUUGUUGGCAUGCUCAUCGAGUCAAUUUGUACAGCAAGAAGGACACAGAGCAUGGCACCAUCCCCAACUACUCACGGGCUCAGCAGCAGCUUAUCACCAUCAUCCAGGACAUGACUCACCAGAGAAAAGUCAUCCGAAAGUCAUCUGGGGGGCAACAGAAAUUAGUGCGUAUCAUCAGCAUGGACAACACCAAGGCCAACCCACUAUGGUCUUCCUUGGAUGGGAGCCAGGCUGAGUCCAGCAAGUUGGAAGAAUCAUCUAUGCUGUGUUUCUGGGCAGAAAGUUGUUUUACACUGGUGCCUUACACACUAGUAAAACCCUACAAACCAGAUAAGCCUCGACCUGUGCUUUUUGUGCCUAUGGUGAUUGGGAGGAUCCUGAGUGAGAAACUGAGCCUCCUCAAGGACUUUGAGAAAUGCCCAUCAGAGUAUCUGAGCCAAGAAGAGUAUGAAGCACAGAGACAGAAAGGAGAUAUAAUCCACGAGAAGGAGGAGCCCAGCCACCACAGUUGUGUAACCUAUAAGGCAAUAGUGUCCUUAAUGCAGAAGAAUAUUCACUGUCUACUGGAUAUCAGGCUGGACUGUCUGCAAGCCCUACAUAGGAUUGAGAUCUUCCCGAUCAUUGUCCACAUUCCUGUCACUGAGAAGAAUGCCAAGAAACUCAGAAAAGCCCUGCAGCGGCUUGGAACUACAGAAGAACAGAUCCUGGAAGCAGCCAAAUGUGAGGAAGCUGAUCUGGAGAGGGCACCUUGUUUAUAUGCCAGCCUGGUCCCUGAUGGCUGGAAUGAUGCAGAUUCACUUGCCAACUAUGCUCGCUUGGCUGUCACCGAUGAGCAGAAGAAAUUUGUUUGGAUAGAACAAGGUCCCCGAUAACCAUCCCAUACAUGGACCUCUUCCCUGUUUCAACUGCAAGACCCUUUAUAUUCAUUCUCUACUUCAAUUAGUACUUUUUGUAAGUUUUUCAACCUUUUAACUCACUUAAAAUUAAUAUUCUGGGUUAGAAAUCAUGCAAGGAAGGAGAAAUAAAUGGAGAUCUGGAAUGAGCCUCAAGGGGGCUUAAGGCUAUUAUACCUUUUGUCUUUGGUGGGUAAUUGAACUAUCAAUGCAAACUAAUUUAUUCUAUAUUUCUUUAUGAAAACUAACAUAAGGCAACUUCACUGUUUCACUGAGACUUUAGUAUUGUCUACAUUUUUAUAGAGCAGAUAUUUCCUCAUUGAGUAUCACUCUUCCAUCUUCUUUUCUCAGAGGAAGGAUUCUGAGACAUCUCUCUGGAGAGGUUUCUAUAAUCAAACUGGCUAGAAGAGCCAGUUUUUUAUUUUCUACCUUUCAAUAUGUUAAAUAGUUGGUUGUGGCAGGAAGCCAGCUGUCCUGGUGCCUGCUAGGGCAAUCCCUAUGCCUUCCCAUAAUGAGAGCACAUAGCACUUCCCCAUUCUCUGACCUACUCAGACUCUGGUGGUAAAGAAAUAAUUCAAGUUACAAAAAAAAGUGUUUAAAUGGAGAUAAGAUUUCUGUGUGAUGUAGAAUAUGAGAAAUGGUUUCUAGGCAUGGAUCUAUGAUAUCUGGCCUGAAACACUAGAAGACCAGUACUCUGGAAACAGGAACCCUGAAGUUCUGGCAUUGUCUCAUUUUGCAAUAAUAGGUUUAACCAUCAUGAUCUAGCAAAAAAGAGUACUGGUCAGACAAUCUAAAUCUUGGCUGUCAUUGUGACGCUGACUACAGUACACUUUUCUGUUUUUUAGUUUUAGUUAGUUUGUUUUUCUCAUGUAUAAAAUGUGGGGGUGGGACUCCAUUAUCUCUAAGGCCCCUUUCAGGCCUAACUGUAUGAUGCCAUGAUCAGUUGAUGGAGGUCAGCUUGUUUCUUCCCUAACAGUGUUUGAGUAUAAACCACCACUCCCAAUUCUUCUUAAGAGUUUGGAUUCUAUCUUUCUAGGACAUGUAGGGUUCUUGCCCUAACCUUACCUCAAGGCCAUGGCAGUCUUAGGUUUCUUAGAGUUUUGAGAAUUGUUCCCUGUCUCUAGUCCCUAAGAUUUGUUGUCUUCUGAAUUAACUUUGCCUUCACUUGACAGGGAAGAGGAUGCUUUUUAUGUUAAAAGGAGAUGUGAGGGGGAGCUAGGUGGCUCAGUGGACUGAGAGCCAGUCCUAGAGUUGAAAUCUGGAUUUAAAUCUGACCUCAGAAACUUCCUGGCUGUACAAUCCUGGGCGAGUCACUUAACCCCAGUUGCCUAACCCUUACCAUUCUUCUGCCUUGGAACCAAAAUUCAGUAUCAAUUCUAAGACAGAAGGUAAGUAUUUUUUAAAAAAGAAAGGGGGGAGUCCUAUGACAAAGCACCAAGGGAGCCAGCACAGUAUAAUAGAAAGCACAUUAGAUUUGGAGUCAGAAAACUUGGGUUCAAAUCUCAGUUCUAAAAUUUACUACCCAUGUGUCCUUGGCAACUUAUCGAAACUCUCUUGGCCUGUUUCCAAAUUUCCAAAAUCAGUUUAGGCGAUUUGAGGCUCCAUUCAGUACUAAAUCUAUGAUAUGAUUCUAUAAUAGGGAAUCCUUGGUAGAAAGAACCAAUCAAUGUUUGGAAGAGAUGGUGUAUAAGACUGUAAGGAAGGUCUCAUAGAACCACUGCCCAAAACAGAAUGUCUUAUAUACAACAUCCAUCUAUUGCAUAGAUAUGGGGAGAAAUCCAUGGGAGCUAAUAAGACCUAUUGGAGACUUCUGUGUGAUCUUGUCAUCACUUCCACCUAUUACUGUGAAUCCUAGAGACAGAAGUAACCAAACACAUCUUGUCUAACUUGUUAAUUUUACAGAGAUGGGUAAUGAGCCCUAAAGUACAAGAGACAUUUCCAAGGUUGUACAAAUGUCAACCUUAAAAAACACAUAACUACUAAAGUAGUCAUCUAAACGAAAUCUUUAAUCGGGAAAGAGAUAGUGUUCAAUAUUGGGCUGCCACACAGAGUCGAGCACCUAAAAACCACAGAGCCAAGGGGGCUCUGGGGCUCUGGGACUCUGGGAACAGUAUCUCUGAGAGGAUCACCACACGAGAUAAUUCUCCAGAGAACAAUAAAACAUAGGGAUCUUAUAUACUUUUUGGGGAACUCAGGAUAUCAAACAUACAUUGAAGGUUGUAAGCAAGCUUGGGAAAGAGACUGUAGCCAGAGGCUGGGGUAUCAGGAAGUGGAAAAGGAUGGUUCAUUUAUGCCCAAAGGGCUUUAAAAGACUGCCUGCCCUUUGAUCCAAUCAUAUCACUGCUGGGUUUGUACCUCAAAGAGAUAAUAAGGAAAAAUACAUGUACAAAAAUAUAGCCAUGUUCUUUGUGGUGGCAAAAAAUUGGAAAAUGAGGGGAUGCCCUUUGAUUGGGGAAUGGCUGAACAAAUUGUGGUAUCUGUUGGUGCUGGAAUACUAUUAUUAUACUAAAAGGAAUAAUGAACUGGAAGAAUUCCAUGUGAACUGGAACGACCUCCAGGAAUUGAUGCAGAGCAAAAGGAGCAAAACCAGGAGAACAUUGUACACAGAGACUGAUACACUGUGGUAUAAUUGAAUGUAGUACUUUUAUAUGGGAAUGGGUUUUGAACAAUGAUAUGUAUAAAACCCAGUGGAAUUGAUCGUUGGCUCUGGGAGGAGGGGAUCAGAGCGGGGAGGAGAGGGAAAGAACAUGAAUCAUGCAACCAUGGGAAAAUAUUCUAAAUUAAAUAAAUAAAUUUAAGAAAGA